AGCUUUGUUAUCACGCUUGCAUACAGGUUGAUUAUCCACAACAUUUAGCUCUAGCGGCCAUAAGUGACCACCCGGCUAUUUUCUUAACGACUGCUCCUCUUCUUCAACACUGUUGUUCCUGCUUCUCCAUUUGAUUCGACCUAACAAUUCCACUUCUAUCUUCCUAUCUUAUCAAUGCACGCGGGGGUGUAGCACAACUUGGCCUUUGACUUGACCACAUUCAGCGCCCAUGUCCUCAGAGCGGAGCCACAAUGUGACGCUGCUGGCGCCCAGCGGGCGAGAGCAGCCUGUAGUGUUGGUGGUUGCCCGCGAGGGUGUACAGCUGCAGACGACGGAGGGGAAGGAUAUCAACACCUUUGUGUAUGAGACAAUUCGCAAAUGGCUGCCGUCUCACCUGCGGAGCAAGAACCCGGGGCCGGACGAUUGCCUGGACUUGCAAAUAGAGACGGACAAAGGUCCGCGCGACCUGCGGAUGCGCUGCUCAAACUCGAUGGGCGUGAAGCAGCUGAUGAAGGACCUGCGCGAUACCGUUGAGGGCAUAAUGCGCGAGAUAGACGACAAGCAGAUUGAGGAGCAGGAGCGCGAGCAGCAGGCCAUGGAGCAGCAGCAGAGCCGCGAGGCGCCGGCGAUUCAGGAGAUGCCCACCCUGGCCGGCCCCGUGCCCGCGCUGGGCGCCACCGCUGCUGCCGCUGCCUCCACGGUGGACGCCAUUGGCCACCUCAAUGCGGAGACGCAGACGCUGGUGGACCUGGCGCCGCCGCAGCACAUCAACCAGGGCUCCGACGGUGGAGCCAUGCUUGUGCAGGGCCCGCCGGGCGCGGGCGGCGUGGCCCAGCUGUUCGUUGCGCACCCCACCGGCAUCGCACUGCCCGUGGGGUCCCGCGGCUUGCCCACGCCCGCGCUCAUGGAGGGCCUCAACGUGGCCGCCGGCUCCCCGGGCGGCGUGCCGCUGGUGCCCGCCAGCGGCGCCUUUGCGUACGAGUAUCUGGACACCUACGGCCAGGGCCCCGCGGGCGGCGGCGGCGGCGAGGAGCUGGAGGUGACGGACCGCGUGGCCUCCACCGCGCCCGGCUUCUUCAACGCCAUGUUCAUGCAGCGCGCGGCGCUGCCCGGGUACGGCGGCCCGCCGCCGCCACAGCAGCAGCAGCAACAGCAGCAGUACAUGUCGCCCGGGGCCAGCUCCGGCGGCGGCGCGCUGCCGCAACAGUACUACACACAGCCGUACGAGUAUGCGGUGGCGGCUGCGCCGCCGCCGCCGCCCGUGGCGUACUAUGCGCAGCCGCCGCAAGUGGCGGCGGCAUACCCACAGAUGGCGCCGCGGGGCUACACGCCCGCGACAACUGGCGGCAGCGGCGGCGGUGGCAGCAGGGGCCGGGCGCCGCGGCGUUCGGACCCGGCCAACACCUCGCCCGCCCGCCGCCGUGUGGAGUUCAGCGGCGUGCGCGGCAGCCCCGGCGCCGGCGCCUACUCGCCCGGCGGCGGCAGCGGCGGCGGCAGCGGCUCGGAGCGCGGCGGCACCGGGCCUGCUGGCGGCGGUGACGGCGACCUGGCUCUGCAGGUCCGGUUCCUGGAGGACCUGGUGUCCCGCCUCUCGGCCGAGGUGUCCCGCCGCGCCGUGUCGCCGGAGCGCGCCACAGCGGCCGCGCUCGCGCUCGCCGGCGCAGCCGGCGAGCACCCCGCCUCGCCCACGGCGGCUCCGCUGCCGGCGGCGCAGCCGCCGGCCGCCACCGCUGCCCCCGCGGCGCCUGCGGCGCCGCCGGCGGUGGACUAUGAGGCGUUGUUGAGUGCGGACGCGCUGGGUGCGGCUGCGGUGCUGCGCGACCAGAAGCUGCUGGCGCCGCUGCUGGGCGCCUACGACGGCCGCAUUGCGGCGCUGGAGGCGGACCUGCGCUCGCGCACGGACACGGUGGCGGCGCUCAAGGCCACGGUGGACGAAGUGGUGGAGGAGAACGACCGGCUGCGGGCGGACGCGGCGGCGGCGGCGGAGGCGCGGGACGCGGCGCUGGCGCAGGCGAGCCGCAACGCCGAGGCCAUGGCCCAGGCCAACAGCGCCGCCGCCGCCGCUGCCGCCGCGGUGGCGGGCGCCUCCACCCAUGCGGAGGAGGCGGAGCUGCUGCGGCGGGAGAACGAGCUGCUCAUCACGCAGCAGGGCGAGCUGGACGGCGAGAUCCAGCGCCUGCACCGGCAGCUGCAGGAGCGCGCGGCGGAGGUGAUGCGCGUCAGUCAGGAGCAGGCGGCGCUGGCGGCGGCGGUGCAGCAGGCCAAUGCCAAGGCGGCGGAGUCGGAGGCCCGCUCCAUCAAGCUCACGGAGGCGCUGCGGGCGGCUGAGGCCAAGGCAGCGGCACUGGCGGCGCAGGCGGCGCGCAGCAAGGCUGCGGCGGACGAGAGCUCCACCGCAGCCGCCACCACCAAGGCUGCGUUGGACGAGCUGCGCCACGCGCACGCGCAGCUUCAGGCCGAGGCGGCUGCAGCACAGCAGCGCUACAAGAUCGCGUCCGACGGCGCCGCCAGCCUGCAGCUGGAGCUGUCCACGCAGCGCGAGCGCGGCGACUCGCUGGCGGGGCAGGUGUCGGCGCUGAGCCGCGAGUGCGAGACGCUGCGCAACGCGCUGGGCGGCGUGGAGGGCAAGCUCACGGAGCUGCAGAAGCGCGAUGUGGACGUGUGGAGCCGCGUGAAGGAAGCCAUGUCGGCCGCGGAGGAGGCGCGGCUGGCUCGCGACACGGCACUGGCCCGCUGCGCCGACCUGGAGCGGCAGGUGGAGCUGGCCAACACACGCCUCACCACCGCGCGGCAGGCCACGCGGGACGCAGUGGUGGACGAGUUCAGCGCUCAGGUGUCCGCCGCGCAGACCGCGGCGCAGCAUGUGCGCGAGGAGCUGUCCUCCGCGCACUCGGCGGUGACGGAGUGGCGCGCGCGGGCGGAGCGGCUGGAGCGAGACCAGGCCAGCCUCACGGCCGAGCUAGCGGCUCUGCGUGAAGACACCGCCGCCACGCUGGCCUCCAAGAGCCGUCUGGGCCUGGCGUCGUUGGGUGCAGUGGAGAAGGUUGCGAGCCUGGAGCGAGAGCGCGAUGACGCGGUGGCCAAGCUGGAGAGCGCGCAGCGCAAGGCGGAGCGCGCCGCCCGAGACUGGCAGCUGGAGCGCCAGUCGUACGAGAACACCAUCCGCGGCCUCAAGUCCAAUAUUGCCGAGCUGGAGGCGAAUCUCAGCACCACGCGCGCCGAGGCCUCAACCACCCGGCGCCAAGCGGACGCGGUCGGCCGGGAACUGGCGGCGGCGCGGGCACAGCGCCAACAGGCGGAGGCAGAGCUGCGGCAGCAGAUUGCCAGCCUGCGUGCUGACCGAGACGCUGAGGUGCGGGCGCUCAGCAGCAAGAUUGACGCCCAGGCCGCCGCGGCCACAGUGGCGGCGGCCGAGGCGGAGCGGCUGCUGUCCUCCAAGCAGGAGGUGCUGGCGCGCUGGCGCGAGGAGGCGCAGACGCUGGCCUCCCGCAUGGAGGCGGCGCUGUCCGACCACAAGCGUGAGCUGGCGUCCAAGGCGCACGAGGCGGCGGAGCUGAGGGCGCGCUGCGAGGCGCUGGCGGGCGAGAACGUGGAGCUGGCGGGCGCAGUCAGCGAGCUGGAGGCCAAGCUCGACGACCUGCAGGCCCAGCUGGCGGAGGCGGAGGCGCGCGCCGAGGCGGCGGCAGGCCAGGUGAUGGGCUCCGCCAACCGCGAGGCGGAGCUGCAGCAGGAGCUGCGGCAGCUGCAGAUGGCGCUGGACCGCCUGCACUUUGAGAAGAGCCGCAUGCAGCGCGCGCACGACCCCCUGGUCGCCAAGUACGACGCACUCAAGAAGGACAUCCGCCAGGCCGCGGUGCCCGCCGGGGCCUCGGCGCAGCAGUACCAGCAGCAGCCGCACCUGGCGACGCCGGUUGGCGCGGCGCCGCCAGCGGCGCAUGGAACGCCUGGCAUCAGCGCCGCCGCGGUGGCGCAGACGCUGUAUGGGGUUGGGCCGGGGAACGGUGCUGGCGCGCACAUGGGGUGGCCGGGUUCGCCUGAUGGGGUGGUGCACGCGGCGCGUGUGCCCCGCGGUGCGGGCGGACGUUAAGCGCAACGCUGACAUGCGGCGGCGCCGCCGUGACGAUUGUGACUUGGUACCGUCUGUUUGAUGGACCCGUAGGUAGUUGCAGAGGUCUGCUGUGAAGCGCCUGCGCCGGGAGUCGGCGGUACCGUACGAUAGGUGUAAUUGAUUGUACUGCAUCGACGUGAGGGGCCACGGCCUGAGUAAGGCUGCCAGUGGGUGGCAUGCGCUGGAGUGACGGAUACAGUUCAAAGGCGGUGGCGUAGCCAUGCAAUGGCAUCACUGGGUGGUACAAAGUCUGAGCAAACCGUUAGCACCGUGUUUAGGGGAGCCUCCUCCUCCUUGACACCGUGUAUACCGUAGGGGGGCUGUCUCCUUCUUGCUUCGGUCGCUAGUUGCUUGUGGGAAGCGCGGGAGUCGGGCAGGUCGACCCACCAGACUGGCUCGAGGGAGGGGUCAAGUAUGCGCGUCCCAAGGCCAAUUGCAUAUCGGUUGAUGUGUGAUACCGAUAUGUGAUACCUCGCCUCGGAUGCCCCUGGUCAGCUGGACAGUGUCAGUCCGCUGGCAAGGGUGGGCUGUAACCUUGAAUGCCA